CACCACAGCAAUCCCAUCCCCUUACCUCCCCUACCUUUACCCCCCUCAAUCCACCCGCCGCCUCGUACUCCCAAAGCUGACCUUAAAUUCACCUCCCCUUUUCCAACUCUUCCGCCUACCGAACAACAUCCAAAUUUUUGCCCAAACAACGUCUCUACGUCCUUCGGCAACACCUCUCUCAGCCAAAUCAUCAUCGCUCCAUCGAUCCGGGAAUCGUCGAGCGUAUUUAAUAACUCUUCUUCUGUACCUUUUGCUUAAUCCGACACUUUUCGUCACCACCUAAUCUAUCACAAUGGAGGAAGAAGUUGCCGCCCUCGUCAUCGACAAUGGUUCGGGUAUGUGCAAGGCCGGUUUCGCCGGUGAUGACGCCCCCAGAGCUGUUUUCCCUUCCAUCGUCGGUCGUCCCCGUCAUCAUGGUAUCAUGAUCGGUAUGGGCCAGAAGGACUCGUAUGUCGGUGAUGAGGCUCAGUCCAAGCGUGGUAUCCUUACUCUCAGGUACCCCAUUGAGCACGGUGUCGUUACCAACUGGGACGACAUGGAGAAGAUUUGGCAUCACACCUUCUACAACGAGCUCCGUGUCGCCCCCGAGGAGCACCCCGUCCUUCUUACCGAGGCUCCCAUCAACCCCAAGUCCAACCGUGAGAAGAUGACACAGAUCGUUUUCGAGACUUUCAACGCCCCCGCCUUCUACGUCUCCAUCCAGGCCGUCCUUUCUCUCUACGCCUCCGGUCGUACCACCGGUAUCGUCCUCGACUCCGGUGACGGUGUCACUCACGUCGUCCCCAUCUACGAGGGUUUCGCCCUUCCCCACGCCAUUGCCCGUGUUGACAUGGCUGGCCGUGAUCUUACUGACUACCUCAUGAAGAUUCUCGCUGAGCGUGGUUACACCUUCUCCACCACCGCCGAGCGCGAAAUCGUUCGUGACAUCAAGGAGAAGCUCUGCUACGUCGCUCUCGACUUCGAGCAGGAGAUUCAGACCGCUGCCCAGAGCUCUUCUCUCGAGAAGUCCUACGAGCUUCCCGACGGUCAGGUCAUCACCAUCGGCAACGAGCGUUUCCGUGCCCCUGAGGCUCUCUUCCAGCCUUCCGUCCUUGGUCUCGAAUCUGGCGGUAUCCACGUCACCACUUUCAACUCCAUCAUGAAGUGCGAUGUCGACGUCAGGAAGGAUCUCUAUGGCAACAUUGUCAUGUCUGGUGGUACCACCAUGUACCCUGGUCUCUCCGACCGUAUGCAGAAGGAGAUCACUGCUCUUGCUCCUUCUUCCAUGAAGGUCAAGAUCAUUGCUCCUCCCGAGCGCAAGUACUCCGUCUGGAUCGGUGGUUCCAUUCUCGCCUCGCUCUCGACCUUCCAGCAGAUGUGGAUCUCCAAGCAGGAGUACGACGAGAGCGGUCCCUCGAUCGUGCACCGCAAGUGCUUCUAAAUUCAAUAAAUGGACAAAUCCACGACUGUCACGAGCCAGCGCCAACUGGGGACAUAACACCCCUAUCUGCGUCAAGUAGCAUGUCUGCAUUGCGCGUGUAUUCUGCACAGGUCUCUCUUAUACAAAAAGUAGCGAGCGUGGUCAGAAGGGGGUUGGCGUCUCUUUUCUCUACUAGAAGACAUAAAUAAUGGCCUUUUUUUUUCUGUUUUCUGGGUGGGCGGCGACGGCUGCGAAUGCGUGGGAUAGGCGCGGUCAAGUAUGCGGGCUUCUUGAUCUUGCCAACACCCUUUCUCUAUUUACUACACUUUUAGCAGCAAGAUUUAGUCACCACUGGGAAAUUCGAGGUUAUCGUGGAUGGAGAGAUCAUCAAAAUUCAAACAGCGUUCUGUAUUUCUUAGC